AGUGCUAAAAUAACGGGCAAAUUCAGCGUGGGGCUGUGCUUUUCAAUCGAUCUGUUUGAUCUCCAUCUUUAGCAUAAACUGGGCCGAAUAGUGAUGUUUUAUUACAAAAGUGCUUUAACAAAGUGAAAUUCGUUGAAUUUAUCUCUAGUUUACGGUGUAAUUUACCGAGAAUUCUCAACCAUGAUUGAACUUACCCGUUCGUUACGAGAUUUACUCGUUACCAAAACACUGGACUCGACCAACACAGUUUGGCGCCUGCACAGCCGGGUCACCGUCUACAUGUUGGUCUUCUUUACAAUUCUGCUGUCGGCCCGGGCUUACUUUGGCGAUCCAAUCGACUGCAUCAGCACGGCAGCUCCCGCGGUGAAACCCAGCUUGCAUAGCUUCUGUUGGACACUGGGAACGUUCAUUAGCCGCGAUCCGAAGUUUGUUGAGGCAAGUUGGGAUUUUAUCGAAAUCGGAGCCCAAAUGGGUCACAUUCCCAAGGAAGAUCGGUUCUAUCAGAAAUAUUACCAAUGGGUCCCGUUUCUGUUGGCAAUCCAGGCGAUCCUGUUCUCGUUCCCGAAGCACUUGUGGCGAUUUUGCGAAGGCGGCCGACUGGCUACUCUGUGUGGUAACUUGAACUCGAUCUUGCCCCCGAACCAGUGGACACGGAAACGCAAAGUCCAAACGCUGCUCUAUCUGACCCAGGAAUGCCGCAGGCGGCACAACAAAUAUGCGUUAAUUUUCGUCGGAUGCGAGCUACUCAACUUCUUGGUAGUUAUGGUGAAUAUGCUCUUGAUGAACUUUCUGUUCGGAGGAUUCUGGACCAGUUAUCAGCCAGCGAUACAGGCAUUGUUCUCGUUGGACAUGAAUGCCUGGACAUCGUAUAACUCGUUGGUGUUUCCCAAGCUAGCCAAGUGCGACUUCAGCUAUAUUGGACCGAGUGGAACCAAACAAAACGUGGACGCAUUAUGUUUGCUCCCGCAAAACAUAGUCAACGAGAAAAUUUUCGCCUUCCUGUGGCUUUGGUUCAUUCUGCUGGCGGUCGUAUCCGGCCUGCAGUUGUGCUAUCGAAUGGUACAGAUUUGCUGCCGAAGUGUUCGAUUCCAUUUGCUGUUCAGCUUACUGGAUCCAAUAAGCUACCAUCGCUUGAAACGAGUUGUUCGAGAUGCCAAUAUCGGGUAUUGGUUCCUACUUUACCAAAUGUCGCGCAACAUCAACAAAGGUGUGAUGAGGGAGAUUAUCCGGGAUCUAUCCAGAAUUGGUCAGGAGCUUAACAUGUCCAAGCUGAACGUGAACGAACUGCAGUUCGAUGUCGAAGCACCGAACAUACAAGAGGAGGAACCCGAGGAUGACGAAGUAACGGUGUGAUCGGAAGGGAUUCUCUCGAUGCCAAUACGAAUCUGCCGUAUCCAAGAGGAAGAAAUGUAUAAAACAAUUGAAUUAUUACUGAGUUAGGUUUUUGUUCUGUCAAUGUGUAAAUUCUUGGAACUGGUAACGGGGUUUUCUUUUAUAUUGACUUUGCUGAUAUAUGCCUAUCAGGAGGCCUAUUAUUGUACUAAUGUGUUCAAUUUUCCUAGUUUUAGGAAAGAAAUAUUGAAAAUAUAUUUGAUGUAAAUGAA